GGCUGCCGUGUCCUUCUCCCGCAGGGUCUUCACUGAGCAGCGAGUCGUCCCCCGUCUCCUCUCCGGCGACCAACCACAGCUCUCCGGCCAGCACGCCCAAGCGCGUGCCCAUGGGCCCCAUCAUCGUCCCCCCCGGGGGCCACAGCGUCCCUAGCACGCCCCCCGUGGUGACCAUCGCCCCCACCAAGACCGUCAAUGGCGUGUGGAGGAGCGAGAGCCGGCAGCAAGACGCUGGCUCUCGGGGCAGCGGCAGCGGUAGCGGUCGGGAACGCCUCAUCGUGGAGCCCCCGCUGCCCCAGGAGAAGGCAGGGGGCCCGGCCAUCCCCUCCCACCUGCUCAGCACCCCCUACCCUUUUGGCAUCUCCCCCAGCUCGGUGGUGCAGGACUCCCGCUUUCCUCCGCUGAACCUCCAGCGGCCCGUGCACCACGUGGUGCCCCCCAGCUCGGUGACGGAGGACUACCUGCGGAGCUUCCGGCCCUACCACACCGCCGAGGACCUCCGCGUGUCCUCCCUGCCUCCCCUGGGCCUGGACCCGGCCGCCGCCGCGGCCUACUACCACCCCAGCUACCUGGCCCCGCACCCCUUCCCCCACCCGGCCUUCAGGAUGGACGACUCUUACUGCCUGUCGGCCCUGCGCUCCCCCUUCUACCCCAUCCCCACCCCCGGCUCCCUGCCCCCACUGCAUCCAUCAGCUAUGCAUCUCCACCUCUCGGGGGUCCGCUACCCGCCCGAGCUCUCGCACUCGUCCCUGGCGGCGCUGCACUCGGAGCGGAUGUCCAGCCUCAGUGCCGAGAGGAUGCAGAUGGACGAGGAGCUGCGGCGGGAGAGGGAGCGCGAGCGUGAGCGGGAGGCUGACCGCGAGCGCGAGAAGGAGCGUGAGAAGGAGCGCGAGCGGGAGCGCGAGAAGGAGCUGGAGCGCGAGCGCGAGAAGGAGCGCGAGAAGGAGCGUGAGCGGGAGCAGCGGGCCCGUGAGAAGGAGCUGCUGGCCGCCAAGGCGCUGGAGCCGGCCUUCCUGCCCGUGGCCGAGCUGCACGGGCUGCGGAGCCACGCCGCGGAGGAGCGGGGCAAGGCCUCGGAGCAGCUCACCCCAACCCGAGCAGAGAAGCUGAAGGACGUGGGCCUGCAGGCGCCCAAGCCCGUGCAGCACCCCCUGCACCCGGCGGCCGCCCCGCACCACCCCGUGCCCGGCCUCCUCUCCACCCACAGCCUCUUCUCUCUGCCGGGCAGCAGCGCGGCCACGGCCCUGCUCCUCCAGCGCACCAACGAGGAGGAGAAGUGGCUGGCGCGGCAGCGGCGGCUGCGGCAGGAGAAGGAGGACCGCCAGUCGCAGGUGUCCGAGUUCCGGCAGCAGGUGCUGGAGCAGCACCUGGACCUGGGCCGGCCGCCGGCGCCCGCGGACACGGAGCACAGGCCUGAGAGCGCCAGGCCGGGACCAAACCGUCACGAGCCGGGAGGACGCGACCCCCCGCAGCACUUUGGCGGCCCCCCGCCCCUCAUCUCACCCAAGCCCCAGCACCACUCGGUGCCCACGGCCCUCUGGAACCCGGUGUCCCUGAUGGACAGCACGCUGGAGACACGGCGCGCCCCCGAGGGCCACCCUCUGCACGGCCACCCCGCCCCAUUUGAGCCCAGCCGCCAGGCGGCCGUCCCGCUGGUGAAGGUGGAGAGGGUCUACUGCCCCGAGAAGGCGGAGGAGGGACCCCGGAAGCGAGAGGCCGCCCCCCUGGACAAGUACCAGCCGCCGCCCCGUGAGGUGGGGGGCCUGGAGCAGCAGGCCUUCCCCCCCGCGCCCGCACACUUCCUGGCGGAGCUCGAGCCAUCCACCCAGACCGUCCUGGGCCAGCCCCGGGCCUCGCUCGCCCCGCCGGUCCCCUUCGGGGAGCCCCCCGGGCCCCUGAAGCCGGGCUCGCCCUACCGGCCCCCGGCGCCUCGGGGCCCCGACCCCACCUACGUCUACGACGAGUUCCUGCAGCAGCGCCGGAGGCUGGUCAGCAAGCUGGACCUGGAGGAGCGCCGGCGGCGGGAGGCCCAGGAGAAAGGGUACUACUACGACCUCGACGACUCCUACGACGAGAGUGACGAAGAGGAGGUCAGGGCCCACCUCCGCUGUGUGGCCGAGCAGCCGCCCCUCAAGUUGGACACAUCCUCCGAGAAGCUAGAGUUUUUGCAACUUUUUGGCUUGACCACCCAACAGCAGAAGGAGGAAUUGCUGACCCAGAAGCGGAGGAAGCGGCGGCGGAUGCUGAGAGAAAGAAGCCCGUCGCCCCCAGCAGUUCAGAGCAAGCGGCAGACGCCUUCGCCGAGACUGGCGCUGUCCACCCGCUACAGCCCCGACGAGAUGAACAGCAGCCCCAACUUCGAGGAGAAGAGGAAGUUCCUGACCAUCUUCAACCUGACCCACAUCAGCACUGAGAAGAGGAAAGACAAAGAGAGACUUGUUGAGCUGCUCCAGGCCGUGAAGCAGAAGGCACUGUCAGCAGCAGUGGCAGACCCGCUCAGGAACUCUCCGAGGGACAGUCCUGCUGGGUCCCUGAGCGAACCAGCCACGCAGCAAGCCUCUCUGGAUACGGAGAAGCCUGUGGGUAUCACUGCUUCCUUGUCUGACAUCCAGAAGGCCACGGAGCCUGGGAGACUGGAACAGCUCCGGCCCCAGGAGCGAGCCCAGGAGCCAGCCCCCGCCAGCGGUGAGAAGGCCAGGCCGAGCGAGACCCCUGGGGGCAAGAAGAGCCUGAGCAUGCUCCACUACAUCCGGGGCCCCGCGCCCAAGGACAUCCCCGUGCCGCUGUCCCACGGCAUCAACGGGAAGAGCAAGCCGUGGGAGCCCUUCGUGGCGGAAGAGUUCGCGCAUCAGUUCCACGAGUCCGUCCUGCAGUCCACCCAGAAAGCCCUGCAGAAGCACAGAGGAAGCGCAGCUGUGCUGUCUGCAGAGCAGAACCACCACGUCGACGCCUCUGUCCACUACAACAUCCCCGAGCUGCGGUCCUCCAGCCGGCUGCCUCUGCCGCAGCGCGGCGGGCAGCAGGAGCCCCCCACCGGGAGGAAGGGCCCCCUGGCACAGGAGAUGGACCCGGACUCGGAGGAGGAGGAGGACGACGACGGAGAGGAGGACGACGAGGACCCCCCUAAGCGCAAGUGGCAUGGGAUCGAGGCCAUUUUUGAAGCUUACCAGGAACACGUAGAAGAGCAAAAUCUAGAGCGGCAGGUGUUACAGACGCAGUGCAGGCGGCUGGAGGCCCAGCACUACAGCCUCAGUCUCACGGCCGAGCAGCUCUCCCACAGCAUGGCGGAGUUGAGGAGCCAGAAACAGAAGAUUGUUUCAGAAAGGGAGCGACUCCAGGCAGAACUGGAUCACUUACGGAAGUGCCUUGCGUUGCCUGCAAUGCAUUGGCCUAGAGGUUACUUUAAGGGAUAUCCUAGGUGACGGUUUCCCUUGCACUAGGCCGAACCUAUAGUAUAGAAAUAUUAUCUAUUUUAUUACCUUGAAUAUUUAAUAUUUUUCACUGGGAGGUUUGAAGCUUAAAAAAAUGAGAAUGUGCCAUGCAUGAAGCAAAGGAUUCCAGGCUCCAGAAAAAAGAACGAACUCGCCUUGACUUCAAUGCAAUUGAAUCGCCUUUGUAAUUCAGCGAGCAGCCCCUGUAGAACACCCAGUUUUUUUCUUUUUAAAGGCAGUUUUAUUCUUUCCCCACGUCAUGAUUUUUUAAUCUGAAGAUGAAAGGCUCCAUUACCAACACUAAAAUUCGAUCAUUUCUAGCCCCUGGGUGUGUAAGAUUGGAUCGGACCGUUGGUGUUCUGUCUUGUGUUGCCAUGUUACUAGGCCGCGAGAACCCAGGUUGUUCUGGCUGCAGGGGGUGGUGGCCGGUCUCAGUCCUCCCCGGGACUGAGACCUACUUCAGUGGAAGGAAGGUGGGGUGCAUUUUUAAGUAAAGGGCUUAUUUCAGUUACUUUUUCUGCAAAAUUUUCUUCAAAGCAACAGGUCCUAGGAGCACACAAAGCAACAGUACUGAAGCCUCACCCAAAGGCUUUUCCCCAGAAAAGCUCUUAUCUUACCUAAAGAUAAAAAGCGAAUCAACCAACUGAAG